CACCGCGGCCGAACCACAGGAUACAGAACCCGCUCAUAUUUACACUCAGAUGGAUCAUAAACACACUUCUGUGUCCCGCUGAGACCCUGCGCAAGUCCGUGCUACAGAAGGAGAGAUUUUCAUUUUUUUAUUUGUAUUAUUAUUAUUAUCAUUAUUAUUAUUAUUAUUGUUAUUAUUUAUUAGUAGUAGUAGUAGUAGUAGUAGUAGUAGUAAUGAUGAUGGAGCUCCCUGCGGCAGGAGAGCGAGUCUUCGCCGUGGAGAGCAUCGAGAAGAAACGCAUCCGAAAGGGAAGGUUCGAGUACCUGGUCAAAUGGAGAGGCUGGGCACCAAAGUACAACACGUGGGAACCGGAGGAAAACAUUCUCGACCCGCGGCUGCUCGUGGCGUUCCAGCACAGGGAGCGUGAGGAGCAGCUGAUGGGCUACCGCAAGAGAGGCCCGAAACCAAAACACUUUCUCAACCAGGUUCCAUCAUUUGCCCGGAGAUCCAGUGUUCUUUCCAACCUCCAUGAUGCAUCGCAGGACAACGGGUUCCGUGUCAAAAUGUCCACUGAUCCGACGCCGAUGCAACAGCACCAUCUGAACAGGAGGAGGCAGCAUCCGUACCACAGCCAGGAUGAUGUCAUGAUCAACGGGAAGAACAAGAAGAAGCAGUAUUACCAGCUCAGCAGUGGAAAGCACCACACGCCCCAACUCGAGCCCACAUUGGACCAGACAAAGACCCAGGAACCGGAUCCGGGAGGUCGCAGCAACGUGAAGGCCGUCAGCACGGAGCUUGAGAAGGUUCUGGAGGGAGGAAAGUCAGAAUCAGAAUCAAAGCUCAGCAAGGAAAGCACGAGACCUGUGAACAGAAUAAGCAGCAAACUGAAAAUUGUGGAGAACAAGAACAAAAAUGGACGAAUCGUCAUCGUGAUGAGUAAGUACAUGGAGAACGGGAAGCAGGUGGACGGAGGGGUGAAGCAGAACGAGGCGUUGGAGAAAGGAACCAAUUACACAAACGGCGCUGUUGAGAGAACCAAACACUCUCAGAGGAAUGGGUUUGGAAACGGACGAGUCCAUGGUGCUGGAUUUGAAGAAACAUCUCAGCUGAUGGAAAAAUCUAGUCCAAAUCCCUAUGAGAACACCGUCCUCAAGCGGUGUCACUCGGAACCUUCAAGCAACCGGUGUGACGCUAAAAGCUUCUUGAGCUGUCGGAGCAUUAGCACACCAAACGCGAGCUUGAGUCCGAGUCACAGCAACGUCACAAGCCUUAAUGGACACCGCAGUCUGACUUCUGACUCUUUGUUCUCAGACUCGUGUCAGGACGAGCCAAUGGAUCUGAGCUUCACAGGUUCUCGAGGAGCGAGGAACGCCAUCAGGGACUGUCGGACAAAUGGACACUCGAACCCGGCGGAGGAACAGACGACGCCUUCUACACGAGAACCAGAGAGUGACGCUCUGAGCUUCGCACCUUUUCUCGGGAAUAUUAUAAUCACGGAUGUCACGGCGAACUGCCUUACGGUGACUUUCAAGGAAUAUGUACCUGCCUAGAAAUAACAGACUUUCAAAAACUAAAAACAAAACUACUGAUUUUUGUCACUUUGUAAAUUUGUGCGCAUGUAAAUAUGCUUUUUUUUUUAGAAUGAUUUAAUAUGAAAAUGCAGUUUAUUACUGGACAGUUUCAUGAUGCCUCUAUUGUUUUAUAAAUAAGCGUUAUUUUUACAAAACAUUUUUUUGACGCUGCUUUGCUAAUGUUUAGCGCCGAUACACUCUCUCUCUCUGUCUCUCUCAGCCAAUCACAGGACGUUAUAAUCGCAUCAACCCCGAUGAUGGCCAGGAUGCAGGGUUUAACACUCUUUCCGCUCGAUAAGUCGUAAGAACGCUCUCGUCCAGCGUUAGCUAACGAGCUAAAACUAAUUUAAUUUAUUGCUGAUUGUUCGAUUCACCUGCUGCUAUUAAUAUUUAAUCUUUUUUAAUGUAACUAAUGAGGUGUCGUAUCAUUUUGCUCGGUACGAUACGGUUCUGAUGAUUCGUUAUGUGUGUGUGUAUAGAACAAUACAUUCAACACACUGUGUAAUAAUAAUAAUAAACAUCGGCUACUCGUUAUAAAAUACUUCAAUGUUUAAACUUAAUCAGUAACAGUAAGAGCUUCUUCUUUUUUGUCUCGAAUCAGGGAUUCGAAUACGGGGGUUUAAAACUGUCACGCUGCUUUUCACAAGCUAAUGUGCUAGCAUACUACCUUACUAACAUACUAGCAUACUAGCCAGCACUAAUACUAGCAUAUCUACAACAACAUCAUGUGAACGAAACACACACACUCUCUCUCUCUUCACUUCUUUUCUUAGCCGAUUCAGUUCAGGUUUGGGCAGCGAUUGCGAAGUUCAUAGCUGCAGAUACGACUCAAAAACACAAGUCCUACAGAGAGCUGCGUAACUUCAUUUGCAUUUUUUUUUACACCGGAGAUGGAGAAACGAACUCAAUUAAGGCACAGUGACUUUGAAAAUGAAAUAAAAUGCUACACCACGCCUUUUUCCUCUUCCUGAACUUUUCGGGUCUGUUUCAGGUGCCUGAGAUGUCCUCUGGAUGAAAACCUGGUACAGAUCUGGCAACCCGGCAUGUCAGUGAAAGGUUGACCAGAGAGCUAAUGUUUAAUUCGGCACAUUUUAGCUAAGUUUGUUCUGUUCUGAUGCACGCUGCUAAGAGCUCACUGAACAGAUCACACACAUACACACGUUAUUUUCAGUUAUUGUGCUUUUAUGAAAAUUUUAUAAUAAUGAAAACGAAAACCUAGGGAACAUUUUGUGACUUUUUAAAAAAUUGUAUUGAGACACCACUGAAUUGUGGUAUAGAAUGUGUCAUCUACACCCUUCAUGACCCUUCAUGAACUUUCAUUUCCACGUAGAAAUGAACCUAGAUAAAAUUAAGUCCAUCCGCCCAUUAUCUGUAGCCGCUUAUCCUGUUCUACAGGGUCGCAGGUAAGCUGGAGCCUAUCCCAGCUGACUACGGGCGAGAGGCGGGGUUCACCCUGGACACGUCGCCACGUCAUCGCAGGGCUGAUAAAACUAAGUGACUCGCAAAUUUGUCUGUGAAACUAAAGAUUAAAAUAUUUAUUACUUUAUACACACAGUAUAUAUAUUUUGGGUCGUUGCGUGGAACCUUUCAUUCUGCAUUAUUUCACGUGAUUAUAUUAAAUCUUUCCAUUUUUCCUUUUCUUAUUUACCGUAUUAUAUUAUUCUAAUGUAAUAAUUAUAUCGUACUAAACAUAUUUAACGAUAAACAAAUUAUUACUAAUUACAAAACAGGCCUCUUUACAUACAAACAGUAAAAACACAAGAUUAAAUUUAUUAACGGAUGAAAUACAGCAGCGUUGAAUGGCGUGUCUUCCACAUCGUCUUAGGAAGGGAGUAAAUUUUAACAGAAUGUGCGAGAUGUUUAUAGUAUUACGGUGUGUCGUAUUCCUGAAUUUUAGCACGCACCUAAUAUGCAAAUACUCCAUGUUUGUUGUAUUUAGUGGUUUGAACAGGGGUUGAUUUUUCAGUAUGCUUGUUUCUGUUGCAUUUUUUAUUUGUAUAUAUAUUUUUAAGCACUUGUGUGUAAAUCUAAACAUUUUAAAUGUUAACGUCUGAAUCUGAGUCUUGUGUAAAGUUGCUUCUAUACACCAGGUGUGUUCCAGGCUACGAGCUCAGCACAUUAAAAGCUUAUUUUUGUGUGAUAA